AUGAUGAAUGAUUUUAGCGAAGAAUACGAUUUUAUGCAAAGAAUUCAUAAAGUUGAAGGACAUGCAAAUGAUUAUAUGUUAAAUAAAAAUGUGAUUAGAAAAAAAGACGAAAAUGUAAUAUUUGGGAGGGAGAAAUAUGAAAAAGAUUUUUAUUUGAAAAGUAAAUAUGACAAAUACAGUAGUACAUUAAAUGGUUUUGAUAAAGAUGAUAAAAUAUUAUAUUUGAAAAAAUUAAAAAAUGAAAAUGAGAAAGAAUUAAUAAAAAGAGAUACAAAUUUGAAAAAAAGUAACAUUAAUGAGUUAGCAAAAGUGAAUGAAAUAGUAUAUUAUGUUCAUGCGAAUAAAAAAAAUGUGUAUGAAUAUAUAACAAAUCAAACAGAUUUAGAAAAUAAUUAUUAUCAAAUUGAGGAAAAACCUCGUAAUUUAUCAGGGAAUUUUAUAAAAGAAAAUGAGGAGUAUAUAUAUUUAAAUGAUAGCGCUUAUUACAAAUUAAAAAUAAACAAAGAAGAAAAGGAUGAAGAUGGGGAAAAUGAUGGAAUUGAAAAAAUGAAAAUAAAAUACACAUUAGAUGAAAAUAAUAAAAGUAGUGUAAUUGAAAAUGUACUAGAACCAGAUAGCAUGUUAAUGCAUAUCUGUAAUAUGUUUUUUUCGUUAAAGGAUUGUAUUAAAAGUGUUUUUUUAUUUUUAAGUAAAAUAUUUCAUUUUAAUUUUUUAGAUUAUACUUAUUUAAAAAAUUAUUCGCUGACGAAUUAUUUUGAUAGGAAUGUAAAAGAUUAUAUGAAAUAUUUAAAAAAAACAGAAGACAGUAGAUUAGUGAAUCAAGAUUUUCUUUUAAGAAAAAGAUAUGUUGCACCUUAUUUCGUUUAUAAUUGCGUUGAUUGCAAUUACAAUACGAAUGACAAUGGUAUUAUAAUAUUAUCUUCUAUUCUUCCAUUUAUUCAUAGCUUUGAUUAUGAUUACAAAUUAAAACACAUAAGAAUGAAAGAGGAUGAGUUGGACAAUAUAUUAAAUAAUGAAAAGAGUAAAAAUGUAGGUGGCUUCAUCGAAUAUUUGAGAAAGAUGAAAACUUUUUUUUUUGGUAGAUUAUACGAAGAAAAUAAUACUAGUAGUAAUGUCAAUGAGAAGGGAAAUUGUAACAAUAGUGAGUAUUCAGAAUUUUUAAAAAAAUUUGAAAAUAGUAUAAACGAGGAAGGUGAACUGAUUCAAGAUAUUCUCUUUUCAGGUAAAGCGCAAAUGAUAUUUAUUAAUUUUAAACAGCUGGAAAAUAAUUUUAAUAAUGUUAUUGGGAAUAUAGAAAUAAAAAAUGAUCGUGUUCAGGUUAGCAAUUUGAUUUUGGGUUAUGAAAAGAGGGAACAUAUCAAAUAUACGGACAUUCUAAUAUCAAAUAUAUUAAAAAAUAUAAAAAAGAAAUAUCCUGAUAUUGUUAUCAAAGAUGAAAAUCCAAAACAAUUUUUAUAUGAAGAAAAUGAAUAUUCAGAAAAAUUUUUGGGAGAAAAUAGUAACGAGUAUAAUAUAAGUAACAAGGAAGAUACUUCUACCAUUUCAGAUAGUGUUGAUAUAAAUAGGAAAGAAUUAUACAAAUUGUCAGAUUUAAAGGAGUAUGUAUAUAAUUCUCCAUCCCAUUUAAUGAAGGAAAAAAAGAAUAAUUGUGAAUAUGUUACUUGUGUAUGUUUUGACAACAACUCGAAUAAUUGUAACUUAAUUAAUAAUUUUGUUUUAGGGUACAAUACUGGUAAGAUAGAAUAUAUUUAUGGGAAGAUUUUAUAUAGUAAUAUUAGUCAUUGUGAUUUAUUAAUAGAUUAUUAUUCUAAAAAGAAUAAGAAAUUUUCGUACGAAUUGAGUAAGAGAAUAUUUUUAAACGGUUCUGUAAUAAAAAUUUGUUUUGCUCCUAAUGGGUUUUUUUGUUUAAUAUUAACAAGUAAGACGUUAUAUAUAUGUAACUUUUUUUAUUUUUCCAUAUAUGAAGUUACAAAUACUUGUUAUAAUUCUCAGUUUGUUAAUUUUCUGUGGAUUAAUAAUAAUUGCUACUCUGUUUUUAAUGAUAAUGGGAAUGUGUAUUUAUACGAGAAGAAUUUAAAAAAUAAUGGCCUUAAUAGCUUCUCAUUAGUUAGAUCUUUUUUUAUAGAUCAAAAUAUUUAUUUUAACUCAAUUUGUGAGUAUCAUCUGUAUAGUAAUUGUAUAUAUUUAUACACGGGUGAAAUAGAAAUGAAGAGAAGAAAAAGUGCUAGUCAUUUAUUUAAGAAAAAGAAGAAGAAAUUAAAUAAGCAAAUAAACGAUUGCUUUUACAAAUAUGAUUGUAAUUUUAUUAUUAUUGAUUUAAAUUCAGAUAUUCAUAAAAUUAUUGCAAAUAAUCGGAAUAGUGAUUUGAUAGGAGGUCUCUUAAAAGACAAUGUGACAGAUUUAGAAAAUAAUAUGAAACAAAUAAAAAUAUUGGAAAAGUUAAUAGAAAAUGGGAAUAAUUUUGAAGAGGAUGAUUUGAAUUUUGAAAAUAUGUUACAUAUUAAUAUAAAAGAUUUUAAUAACUACAUUUCUACUAUUAAAGAUGUUAAUAAUAAUUUGUACAUAUCUGAGAGUGGAGAUGAACGUAAUAAUAUGAUAGAAUAUGACAACACAAGGGAAGAAUUUUCAGUGAAAAGGUUUGUUGUGAAUUAUUUAAAAGAUGUGAAGAAGCAUUUAUAUAAUUUAAAAAAUGAAAAUGUUAUUAAUAUUUUAUUGCCUAGGUAUUACAGUUGCGCAGAUGAUUAUAGUCAUAAAAAUUUUUUAAAUAUUCGAUUCUUUACUAUUGAAAAAUCAGAUAAUAAGCAUCUUAUAGCAUUAGAUACAGAAACAGAUUAUGUAUAUAUUUAUAAAAUAAGGAAAAAUGUGUACCUAGAUGAUGAUACGUUGGAUUUGUUGAAAAAUAAUCCGUACAGUAUGAAUAAUAACGCAUUAAAAAUGUUCUACUCAUCAUAUAUGAAAAAAGAGUCGAUCUUAAAAGACGAAUGGAAAAUAUAUAAUGAAUACAUUUAUGUAAAUACAAAGAAGCUAAAGAAGUAUAUUAAAUAUAACUUGUUAUAUAUUAUUAAAAAUCAUAAAAAAGUUUUUUUCCCAUUACAUGUAUAUGUAAUAAAUACUAAGCUUAAUGAUACUGAAUAUUUCUUAUUUAUAAAGUGGGCUACAAUAAAAAAUUCGUUUAUAUAUUCAUCCUAUAAUUCUUUAAAUAGAGUUACUAAGAUGAAGGACUAUUUUAAGAAAGAUGAGGAAAAAUUACUGAAGGUGUUGGAAAAUCCAAAGAAUAUAUUUUUAUAUAAUAUUAAUGAACAUAAUGAUUACCCUUAUACACAUGGUAAAUAUAAACUUAAUCCAUUGGUAGGAAAGAGUAAAUUUAUGGAGAAAGAAUAUUUGUCAGAAAAUGGAGGUAACUUUUUUUUACCUAACAAAAGUAAGUUAAAUGAUCCUAGGGAGAAUUUUGCCAGCCCAAUAAAAGGUUAUAAUAAUUUUGUCGAUUUAAAUAUGAAUAUGAAUAUGAAUGAUGAUUAUUUAAAUAAAACCCCCAUGAAAAAUAAUAUAGCGAGAAAUUUUUAUACCUCCCCAAUUGGUAAUAUAAAUCCCAAUGCAAGUGUUAGUAACAUGCCAUAUAAUUAUAAGGGAUUUAAUAAAUUUAGUGAAAAUGAUUUCUAUAAUAAUGAUUAUUAUAUGAACAGUAAUAAUAAGGAUUCUACUUUUUUAAGUGAUAAUAAGAAGCAAAAUGCAUCUGAAAAAAAAUGGUCUUAUUUAAAGAAGUUAAACAUUUUUAAUAAAAAAGAUGAUAUUAUAAAUGACAAUUAUGGAAAUAGUAGACAUCUUUACAGUACUACAGAACCUGAACAUUUGAAAAAUAAGCAUUCACACAUGUUUAAUAAUUUAGAAAAUGAAAGCGUCUUAAGUGAUAUGAAAAAUUCUAAUUUUUAUGUAUCACCAAAUCAUUUAAGAUAUAAUCGGUUACACUAUCCAACAGACAGUUCCAAAUUAAUGGAUGAUGAAAACACAAAUUUUAAUGUGUUUUAUAGUACUCAUAAUGACGAGAACAGAUAUAACGCAAAUAAUAUUAGUGCUAAUAGUUAUGAUCCUUAUAUAUUAAAAAAUGAUUUAUAUAAUUAUAGAAAUAUUAAUAAUUUAGAUUUAAAUAUAAAUAAUGAUAAUGCGUACAUGCACAAUGAUUUGUAUCGAACUAAUAACGAACUUAAUAAUUUUCCAGGUGAUAUACAUAAUAAAGCUCAUACAAAAAUAGGAAAUUUUUAUAGCAACAGAGAUGUUAAUGAUGUGAAUCAGAUAUAUGAAGAAGACGAAUAUAGAAAUAGCUUUAAAAGUUUCAAUCGAAAUGACAGUUAUUUGAGUAAUAUGCGGAAAUACAUGUAA